CACUACUCCAUGCAGUGGCAUUGAGAGCUCAUUCAUGGCCUCUUCCAUGGAGGUGUGGCCACGGCUGUGGUCGCUCUGUCUUAUGACUUCUCUGGUGGUUUGCUUCGUUGCUAGCACGGUUUCGGCGGUGGAGGCUGAUCUUCCACCGUUUCGUUAUGGUGCUCCUCCCUACUCCAGGAGGCAUCACCUUCCUCCACCAAGACAUCACUACAACUCUCCUCCGCCAAUAAGAUAUUAUCAUUACAAGUCUCCUCCACCGAGAAGAUACAAGCAUAAGUCACCGCCACCACCAUCACCUCCUCAUCUUCCUUACCAUUGCAAGUCUCCUCCGCCAUCAUCACCUCCUCAUCACCCCUAUCACCACAAGCCUCAACCGCCACCAUCAUCAUUGCAAAAACCACCAUUCUACCAUUACAAGUCGCCUCCUCCACCAACUCCAUCUCGACAUCCUCACCGUAGGUCACCACCAACCCCAUCUCGACAUCCUCAUCAUAAAUUACCUCCUCCAUCGUCACACAAGUCACCACUUUCAUCUCAACCUCCUCGUCACAAGCCACCACCUCCUCCUCCCAAGUCACUACCUCUUCCACCAAUAGUUAUUUACAAGUCACCACCUCCUCCAUCUCAAGCUCCUCCUCGCAAGUCAUCACCUCCUCCACCAUCGCUUAUUUACAAGUCACCACCUCCUCCAUCUCAAGCUCCUCCUCGCAAGUCAUCACCUCCUCCACCAUCGCUUAUUUACAAGUCACCACCUCCGCUAUCUCAAGCUCCUCCUCACAAGUCACCACCGCAUCCAUCUCAAACUCCUCCUCGCAUGUCACCACCUCCUCCACCAUCACUCGUUUACAAGUCAUCACCUCCUCCUCCAUUGUCACACAAGUCGCCACCUUCAUCUCAACCUCCUCGUCACAAGCCACCACCACCUCCUCCCAAGUCACUAACUCUUCCACCAUCAAUUAUUUACAAGUCACCACCUCCUACAUCUCAAGCUCCUCCUCACAAGUCAUCACCUCCUUCUCCAAAACCAACUCCUCCUCCGUCACCUCCAUCGCCAUCUUCUCACGCGUCUCCUCCCCAUGUUUCUAAGUCACCACCACCAUCUUCAUCAUCUCCAUCACCUUCCCUCUCCCCUCUUCCACCUUCGAUUUCCAAGUCACCACCUCUUCCUACACCAACAACUCCUAGCCCGUCACCUCUAUCGCCAUCUUCCUCCUCAUAUUUCUAAGUCACCACCACCAUCUUCAUCAUCUCCACCACGUUCCCUCUCCCCUCCUCCACCUUCUAUUUCCUAGUCACCAUC